GGGGCGCGCACGGCCCUGCGGGCGCCGGGGCGCGGGCGAGCGCAGCCAGGCCGCCCGGGAACUUUUUCCUCCCGCUCCCCCUGCGGCCCCCACGCCGAGCCGCUCGCGCCUCUGUGCACCGGGCAGAGCCUUUCCCGCGGUCACAGGCAACGCGUCCGGGUGCGCGGCAGGGCCGGUCCCGGUGCCGCCCCGCCCGCGGCUGGGCCGGGAGAGGCGGACUGGAGCGCGGGCGGCGCGGCCGGGAGGCGAGCGGAGCAGGCCGCCCACUGCGGCCCGAGCGCCGGCGCGAGGAGGGGGCGCGCGGCCCCCCUCCUUCCUGCCCGGCGGGCGGCGGCCGACCCGGACCCCAUGGCCACCCGGGCCUCGGGGCCGCGAAGCCGCAGCGCCAGGCCCAGGGCCCCCGAGUGAGCGGCGCGAGGAUCUUCUCCGGCUGCCGAGUUCUGGAAGGAGCGAAGGGGAGCAGGCGUGCGCGGAGGAGGAGGCUGCCUGGGGAAGGGAGACGGCGAGACGCGCAGCGCCGGCGCUGGGAGACCCGGGAGGAGCCCGCAGACAACCAGCCCAAGUCAUGCAGUCUUUCCGAGAAAGGUGCGGUUUCCAUGGCAAACAACAGAACUACCAGCAGGCCUCACAGGAGACACCGCGCCUGGAGGACUACAGGCAGCCGAGCCAGGCCGGGCUGAGCUGUGACCGGCAGAGGCUGCUGGCCAAGGACUAUUACAGCUCGCAGCCGUACCCGGGCUACGAGGGCGGAGCUGGCGCAGCUGCCAGCACCGCCCGCGGAGGCAAGGGCCUGCCCGCGCAGCAGGUCCUGCAAGGGAGGCCUGCGCUCUCCGGCUACGGCGUCCAGGACAGCAGCCUCUACCCGGGCCGCUAUGCAGGCGAGGAGCGGCUGCAGGCCUGGGGGGGCCCCCAGCCGCCGGCCCCCCAGCCGCAGCCCCUGUCAGGGGGGGUGGGCAAAUAUGAUGAGAACUUGAUGAAAAAGACCGCGGUGCCCCCAGGCAGGCCGUACCCGGAGCAGGGCACCCAGCUGCCCUUCCGGACUCACGCCCUGCACGCGCAGCCCCAGCCGCCGCAGCCCCAGCCGCCCCUGGCCUACCCCAAGCUCCAGAGGCAGAAACUGCAGAACGACAUCGCCUCGCCGCUGCCCUUCGCCCCGGGCAGCCACUUCGCCCAGCAGUCGCCCUCCUUCCCCACCUCCUCCACCUACUCUCCCGCCGGCCAGGGCAGCGGGCAGGGGACCCACUCCUUUAAAAGCUGCACAGUGCUGCCUGCCCAGCCCCACGAUCGGCCGCUGGCGGCCAGCACCAGCCUGGCCCCGGGGCAGGGAGCCCAGAACCUGCAUGCCUAUCCGCCUGGCCGCCUCAGCUACAACCAGCAGAAGCCGCCGCCGCAGCAAGCCCUUCAGAGCCGACACCACGCUCAGGAAACCCUCCAUUACCAAAACCUUGCCAAGUACCAACACUAUGGGCAGCAAGGCCCGGGCUACUGCCAGCCAGAGGCGGCCCUCAGGACCCCGGAGCAGUACUACCAGACCUUCAGUCCCAGCGCCAGCCACUCGCCCGCACGCUCCAUGGGCCGCUCGCCCUCCUACAGCUCCACCCCGUCACCGCUGAUGCCAAACCUGGAGAGCUUCCCCUACAGCCAGCAGCCACUCAGCAGCGGGCCUUUUCCCGCAGGCGCCUCUGACCACAGCCACUUCAUGCCCCUGCUCAACCCCUCCCCGACCGACGCCACCAGCUCCGUGGACACACAGGCCAGCAACUGCAAGCCGCUGCAGAAGGACAAGCUCCCCGAGAGCCUGCUGUCGGACCUCAGCCUGCAGAGCCUCACGGCCCUGACCUCGCAGGUGGCCAGCAUCUCCAGCACCGUCCAGCAGCUGCUGCUCUCCAGGGCCGCGCCGCACAGGAAGGCCGCCAAGAGCCUGGCGUCCCGGACGCCGGAGCAGCACCGGAGCCAGCACUGCAGCCCCGAAGGCAGCGGCUACUCGGCCGAGCAGGGGGGCACGCCGCAGUCCAGCCACGCCGAGCCGCCCGAGGCCGACUACCUGAGCGGCUCUGAGGACCCGCUGGAGCGCAGCUUCCUGUACUGCGGCCAGGCCCGCGGCAGCCCCGCCAGGGUCAGCAGCCACGCCAAGGCCAAGCCCGAGUCCGUGUCCACCUGCUCCGUGACCUCACCUGACGACAUGUCCACCAAGUCGGACGACUCCUUCCACAGCCUGCACGGCAGCUUGCCGCUCGACAGCUUCUCCAAGUUCGUGGCGGGCGAGCAGGACUGCCCGCGGCUGCUGCUCAGCGCCCUGGCGCAGGAGGACCUGGCCUCUGAGAUCCUGGGGCUGCAGGAGGCCAUCGGCGAGAAGGCCGACAAGGCGUGGGCCCCGCUGCCCGGCCUCGCCAAGGACGCCAGCAAGCCCUUCUCGCUGGAGAGCCACGGCGCCUGCCUGGAAUCCGUGGCCAAGAGCGCGUGGCCACGGCCAGGGGAGCCCGAGGCCGCGCCCGAGGCCUUACAGCUGGACAAGGGUGGCAGCGCCAAGGACUUCAGCCCAGGGCUGUUUGAAGACCCUUCUGUGGGCGUCGUCACCCCGGACCCCAAGAAGACACCUGGCCCCCUCUCCUUCGGCCCCGGGCCCGGCCUCGGGGCUGCCACUACAGACCCCACGGCAGCUUUUGACUGCUUCCCCGAUACAGCCGCCACCGGCUCAGCGGACAGUGCCAACCCCUUCUCCUGGCCUGAGGAGAACCUGGGGGAUGCUUGUCCUCGGUGGGGGCUGCACCCCAGCGAGCUCCCCAAGGCUCUGGAGCAGGGUGGGAAGGCCUCGGAUGGCAUCGGCAAGGAGAAUGCCCACGAGGCCUCAGCCUACCUGGGCUUCCGGGAGGAGGAGCCCGGGGAGAAGGCCACGGUGCCCCCGGACUCCAAGCAGGAGGAGGCGGGUGGGGUGAAGGAGGAGGCGGGCGGGCUGCUGCAGUGCCCUGAGGUAGGCAAAGCCGACGCGUGGCUGGAGGACGGCCGGCACUGCUGUGCCACCACAGAUUUCGGGGACCUCCCGCUGCUGCCGGCCCCUGGCAGGAAGGAGGACCUGGAGGCUGAGGAGGAGUACUCGUCCCUGUGUGAGCUCCUGGGCAGCCCCGGGCAGAGGCCCAGCGUGCAGGACCCGCUGUCGCCGAAGGCUCCGCUGAUGUGCACCAAGGAGGAGGUGGAGGAGGUGCUGGACCCCAAGGCCGGCUGGGGCUCCCCCUGCCACCUCUCCGGAGAGUCUGUCCUCUUGCUGGGUCCCACCGUGGGCGCCGAGUCAAAGGUGCAGAGCUGGUUUGAGUCCUCCUUGUCCCACAUGAAGCCGGGGGAAGAGGGGCCCAAUGGGGCGUUGACUCGGGGGGAUCCUGCCGCCCUGGCCCCCGAGGCCUCCUUGGUCCAGAAGCCAAACAAGCCCGCCGUCCCCGAGGCGCCCAUUGCUAAGAGAGAGCCCGUGCCGCGGGGCAAAAGCUUGCGGAGCCGGCGGGUGCACCGGGGGCUCCCCGAGGCCGAGGACUCCCCAUGCAGGGCGCCGGUUCUGCCCAAAGACUUCCUGCUUCCAGAAUCCUGCACGGGGCCCCCCCAGGGACAGAUGGAAGGGGCAGGGGCCCCGGGCCGGGGGGCCUCCGAAGGGCUCCCCAGGAUGUGCACCCGCUCCUUCACAGCCCUGAGUGAGCCCCGCACACCUGGACCCCCAGGACUGACCACCACCCCUGCCCCCCCAGACAAACUGGGGGGCAAGCAGCGAGCUGCCUUCAAGUCUGGCAAACGGGUCGGGAAGCCCUCCCCCAAGGCGGCGUCCAGCCCCAGUAACCCGGCUGCCCUGCCCGUCGCCUCCGACAGCAGCCCCCUGGGCUCCAAGACCAAGGAGACGGACUCGCCCAGCACGCCCGGCAGAGACCAGCGCUCCAUGAUCCUGCGGUCCCGCAGCAAGACCCAGGAGGCCUUCCCCUGCAAGCGGCGGCCCUCGGAGAGCCGGGUCCCCAGCUGCCGUGCCACCAAGAGGCUCCUUGCCAGCAGCCACCUGCCUGCCACAUUCAAGGUCUCUGGCAACUCCCAGAAGGAGGGCCGGGCCAGCCAGCGGGCGAGGGCCCCCAAGCCCAGUGCAGGUGGCAAGCUCUCUGACCGGCCCCUCCACGCACUCAAAAGGAAGUCGGCCUUCAUGGCGCCAGUCCCCACCAAGAGGCGGAACCUGGCCUUACGGAGCAGCAGCGGCGAUGCCGGUGGCGGCCGGGGGGACGUGAAGGAGGAACAGGCUGAGGGCUCCCCCACCCUCUUCAAGAGGAUGUCUUCUCCCAAGAAAGCCAAGCCCGCCAAGGGCACUAGCGAGCUCACCCCGAAGCCCCCGCCUCCGGAGACCCCCGACACCUGUCCGAAGCUGGCCUCUCGGGUGGCCUGCCAGGGAGCCAUGAAGACCAAGGUGCUGCCGCCCCGGAAAGGCCGGGGCCUGAAGCUGGAGGCCAUUGUGCAGAAGAUCACCUCGCCCAACCUGAAAAAGUUUGCCUGCAAAGUGCCAGGGGCCACCCCUGGGAGCCCCCUGAGCCCGCCCCUCCCCGAGAAGGACCGUGGGCUCAAGGGUGCCAGGGGCAGCCCAGAGGGGGCGGAAGGACUCCUGAGUGUGGGCACCGGGCAGAAGCUCCUGGCAGCUUCAGGGACCGACCCGUUUUGCAGAAAUGCAUCCAACAGAUCCUUAAAAGGCAAACUCAUCAAUAGUAAGAAACUGUCCUCGACGGACUGUUUCAAAACCGAGGACUUCACGUCCCCAGAGGCCCUGCCCCUCAGGAGGACGGUCCUGGCGCCGAAGAAAAGAAGCCGGAAAGGCAGGGCUGGAGCCCUGGGACUCCCCAAAGGCCCCCCGGAGAAGCAGCCCCAUGCAGGCCCUGCUCUGCUCUUGACUCCCCGAGACAGGGCCAGCAGCAUGCAGGGUGGCAGUGAGGACAGCCCUGGUGGAGGAAGCAAGAAGCCAAAGGUGGAGGAGCUGGGCCUGGCGCCCCAGCCCCCUGAGAGCAGGUCCUGCCAGCCCCAGAUGAGGGCGCAGAAGCAGCCGGGCCACGCCAACUGCAGCAACUACUCCAAGCGGAAGCGCCUCACUCGGGGCCGAGCCAAGAAUACCAGCUCCUCACCCUGUAAGGGGCGUGCCAAGCGGCGGCGGCAGCAACAGCAGCAGGCGCUGCCUCUGGAUCCUGCAGAGCCUGAAAUCCGCCUCAAGUACAUUUCUGCCUGCAAGCGGCUGCGGGCAGACAGCCGCGCCCCGGCCUUCUCGCCUUUCGUGCGGGUGGAGAAGCGAGAUGCAUUCACCACUGUAUGCACUGUUGUCAACUCCCCUGGGGAGGAGCCCAAGCCCCACGGGAAACCUUCCUCCUCUGCCUCCUCGUCCUCGUCCUCGUCCUCCUUGGAAGCAGCUGGGACCUCCCUGGCCACGCUCCCGGGAGGCUCUGUCCUGCAGCCCCGGCCCUCUCUGCCUCUCUCCUCCACCAUGCGUCUGGGGCCCGUGGUCUCCAAGGCCCUGAGUACCUCUUGCCUUGUUUGCUGCCUCUGCCAAAACCCGGCCAACUUCAAGGACCUCGGGGACCUCUGUGGGCCCUACUACCCCGAACACUGCCUCCCCAAAAAGAAGCCAAAACUCAAGGAGAAGGUGCGGCUGGAGGGCACCUGUGAGGAGGCCUCGCUGCCGAUCGAGAGAACACUCAAGGGCCUUGAGUGUGCAGCCGCCGCCGCUGCCAGCAAAGCCCCCAGGCCCGACGGCUCUGCUGACACGGCCAAGCAGGGUUCGCUGCGCACCAGUGCCCGGGGCCUGUCCCGGAGGCUGCAGAGCUGCUACUGCUGUGACGGGCGAGGGGACAGCGGUGAGGAGGUGGCCCCAGUGGCUGACAAGACCCGCAAGCAUGAGUGCAGCAAGGAGGCCCCCGCGGAGCCUGGCGGGGACACCCAGGAGCACUGGGUGCACGAGGCCUGCGCUGUGUGGACGGGUGGGGUCUACCUGGUGGCCGGGAAGCUCUUUGGGCUGCAGGAGGCCAUGAAGGUGGCCUUGGACAUGACGUGUUCCAGCUGCCAAGAAUCCGGGGCCACCAUCGGGUGCUGCCACAAAGGGUGCGUGCACACCUACCACUACCCGUGUGCCAGCGAUGCAGGUUGCGCGUUCACCGAAGAUAACUUUUCUUUGAAAUGCCCCAAGCAUAAGAGGCUUCCAUUGUAACCGCCGAGGCUGGGGAGGCGGCGACCUGCCCGCGAAGGAGGGGCCUCUGUGCAGCCGGCCGGGACUUCUCAGGGCCACCCUGACCUGAGGGUCUUGGAUCUGGCUGCCCAGGGCUGAACCACCAGGUCCCGGGUUGGGAAGAAAACAGGUUCUGGAGCUGCCUGCUCCCGGCGGACGACAGCAUUCCUACCCACACCCAGGCCAGGCUUGGGAAGGGGCCCAGGUCCCCGCAGGGGUGGGCGCCGCGCCGCCCACUGGGAGUUCCGUCACGGUGGUGCUACCCGCACAGCUGCGCCCAGGAGCUGGGCCGAGGGGCCUGGAGGUGACAGAGGGUGGCUCCUAGGAGUGGGGGGUGGGGUGGGGCUGCAGGGGGUGGGCCAGAGGCUUUGGAACAAACCACCCAGGACGUGCCCGAGUGCCCUUCCUACCCAGCAUUUGCCAAAACCUUCUUGUAGUUUGAGCAGAGCCAGGAGAGCCGGGGGCCAUACCCAAGAGAUGCAGGUUCCCGGGGGUAAGCUGGACUGGGGGGGCACCCCUUUUGCUUCGGUUCUUCCCUUUUCCAGUCCUCCACCCACCCCUGAGCCACCUGGGGCCCGGAGGAGUCUCCUCAGAGGCCAGCUCCAGCGGACCGUGGUGUCCCUCUGACGACCCUUCUCCGGGACCGCAGCACCCACCCGCCCACAGCAGAGCAGCCUGGAUCUGUGUGCAAACCUGUGUACCCUCCCUCGAUGUUGCAUAGAAUGUACAUAUGUGGGGAACAUGCUCGCUUCUCCGUGUGUCGCUGCCGUCGUCGCGCACGCCUCAGCACAGGCCCCGGGGGGCACAGCGAGGGCGCCUGUCCCUUGCGGCCCCCCAGCCCAGGCCAGUCCCUGGGCCCCCUGCCCUCAGCUCUGUCCGUGCUUCAAUAGGCCUGAGGCAGCCCCAGACCGGGGCACCUAGCAAAUUCCUGUACAUAGACUGUAAAAUGGUAAACGUGUGUAUUAUAUCUGGCCUCGUUAUAUAGUGUAUAUAUAUGUAUACAUAUACAUAUAUAUAAUAUAUAUGAAGACUGUAAAUGUUAAGACUAGUGUUCUUAUUAGUAUAUUGCUUCACACUGAAGAUUGUGUGUAUCGAGCUGUUUCUAAAAGAUGUUUAUUUUCCUUAAGAGUAAAAAACAGUCAUUGCAUUCAGAAAAAAGUCAAUAAAGAUACGAUUGUUUUGGAAGUCUGCAGCCCGUGGGUUCGGAGCAGAUCGGCCGGGCCGGGCCGGGCUGGAGGAGCAGGUGGGCGUGGGGCAGAGGGGGCAGCUCAGGGCGCCAGCGGAGUCGGGCUUCCGGCUGUUUCUCAGGACCAGAACGCAAGGCCCUGCCACCGAAUUAACACUGCCCGCAGCCCAGGGCAGAGGGUGCAGGCCCCGCAGGUGCCUGGAUGACGGGGGAAAGGUGGGUGCUCCCCAGACAUUCAGGGGGACUGGCUUGUAGAUUGUCAGCAGAUCCUCAAGGACACUGAGCUGUCGUCCAUGCCACCUGGGAGUGGGCGGGGUAGAGGCCCAAACGCGUGGCCCAGAGGUCAGUGGGGUCCAGGCCUAUGUCGGGGGAAGACCCCGGACCCCUCUGGUCGGCACCGCGUAAGCACACACCCUCCCCAAAGAAACAAAACCCAGAUUAUAAAUAAUUUCAUUUUUUAUUCUGUACAAAACUUCUCAACCUAUGAAAAUAAAGUUUAUAAAUGGCAAAGUAA